AGUGCGCCACGGCCGUCAGCUGUCUUUCUUCGUUGUUCUUGAAGGACGGUAUUCUGCGCUUCUUCUUCCCGGGGCCUUCAACUUUCCUUUUGUUUUUCUCCUCUUCGCAUAGUAGUAGUAGUAGUACUAGUACCGCAUUCGCUGCAGCUCCUCUUCUGGUUUGUUCUUCGCCCCUCUGCGCUGACACACACACACACACAGAUACACCCGCAUAGUACGAAGACAAAAGCAAGCGGCGUCAGCAAGCGGCAGCAUCACCACUACUGCAACGACAUCACUUUUCGAACCCGUCCCCCCUUUUCCCUUGGAAUUGUUGAAAACGAAGAGAAAAAAGGGAUAGCAUUCGCACACACACACCGCCAAGAAGAGCUCAAUGGCGUUCUCUCCCUCUUCCGAGACGCCCGCGGCGCCGUCAGCGGCGGUGGUCGGCUUCCAAACGAAGAAGGUGCCCGGAAUGCCCGGCUCACCGACCUCGAUCGCCAGCAUCACACCCGAGCGACUGUCUUACCUCCAGGCCACGCUGGCGAAGCUGCCGGAGUUGGACCUGAGCGAGAUGGCCCGCGUGAAAGAGUGCUUCGCCGCCGUUCUCGGCGAAGGUCGGGAGAACAUCGUGAACGGUCUGGAGCUGCGCGUCGUGCUUGGUGAUCUCGGCCUCUACCCGAGCGAGGAGGAACUGGAGAUGGUCCUGCGCGCCUCCCGCGACCGCGUCAACUUGGUCGGGCUAACGCGAUACCUGCGCCUCUACAAGAAGGAGUUCUGGCUGAACCAAGUCGCAGCAAGCUCCUCCGCGCAGCAGCAGCAGCGGAGCAGCAACACUGCUGCCGGCACCACCGCCACCACCGGCUCCGCGAACGCCGGCGUCGGCGUCCACCUGCGGCGUCCAUUCAACGGUGCGAAUGCGGGCUCCACGAAUGCGGUGGCGGCGGCUCCUCCUGUCAUCGGUGUUUCGCACACGUACACCGCCUUCAGCGGCAGCCCCGCCCGCGCAGGAGGGCGGGACGACGACACCCUCCGCGCCUUCGUCGCGCUCGGCGGCGAGGAGGACGGCAACGGCGAGAUUGCCGCGGCCACGCUGCGCGACGUCGUGCGCGGCUUCGGCCUGACCAUCGACAUCGACGCGAUGAUCCGCACGGUCGAUGUGCACCACUCCGGCAUGCUUGACUACGUCGACUUCUGUGCCUUGUGGGCUGCACCGGCGGAGGGGAGCUCGGCCACAUCGAUAGGAAACGCUCUGCGGCAGGCCUCCGCGGAUGCCGAGCAGCGUGAGUCCAUCGAAGGGAGAGGCAGCAACGCCGCCUUCACGCCUGGUGGCUCGAACCGACGCAUGCUGUCGAUGCUGCGGAGCCCGUCGCUCUGGUCGAACAUGUCCACCGGUUCGCCGCUGCGCCGCUCGCGUUUACUCUCGUUGGGCAACGAUGUGGGCAUGUCGGGGUCCACGUCCCCUCGCCUCGGCGCCGCCGGUGCUGGUGGUGGUCGACUCCCCAUCUCCGGCGAUCGCGCCGAUGGCGCCGUCAACGCAGCGAAUGCGGCCCACAACACUGUGACGACCUGCGCCCCGGUGCUGACGGCGGCGCUGCCCGCGCCCAUCUCCGAGGAGGAGCACGCGCUGCUCGUUCGGAUGUUUCUCUUCCCCGAUCAGUUCGAAUCCGACGCGGCAGGACGUCGCGGGGGAGGCGCGCGCUUUAUGCUGCCGCCGCGGUCCCCAGAGGCCGGCGCCGGUCAUAACUCCACCUUCGCCGGCGCAGUCAACGCCGCCACGGCAUCCGCGCGGCUGGCGUCUCUCUCGCAGCGCAGUCACUCGCAGCUGCGCCUCUCCCGCCCGCGCAAGUCGGGGACCAAUGCCGGCGGGCGCAAGACGAAAUUCAGCCAGCGCAACAGCGGCAACGGCAGCGGCGACAACAACGGCGACGACCUCACGGCGGACUUCUUCUCCCCCAAGAACCAAAAUGUGUACCGCCCGCCAAGUCCGAUGCUGCUGUCCAUGCGCAACAGCACGGCACAUCGUAAUCGUGUGAAGCGGCUGGAGGAGCAGAAGCACGCGGCACGGCGCAGCGACAACGGCAGUGCUGCGCGGCAACGACAACAAAAUGGCUUGUACUCCGCGACGAUGACGCGCGAUGGCGGUUACGGGCAGGGCGCCGAUGGCGACAACGCCUCCCGGCCGGCGAAGUCGUCUACGUGGUAGAGAAGAACGGGGAGGGCGAGGGGCGUGCGUAACGGCACGCGAAGCGUCACGACAGCGGUGCUCCCCUGCCUGUGUUCACUGUACGGGGAUAAAUAUAUAUGACAGUGCCGGGGGGGGCCGGUGGUGGCCGUAGCUCCUUCACACUGAUGGCCUUCGCUCUCCCGCGUUCUCUCUUCUCCUUCGGGGUAUGAGGGGGAAAAAGCUCGGCUGCGCUCUUGUCUGGCGUGCGUGGUGACACGCACGUGUGUGCGUGUGUGUGGUUUGGUGGUUUGGUCUGCAAAAGUUUUUCUUCAUGUUUAUGUUUUUCUCUUCUUAUCUCUUCUUAGCUAUAUGUCAUAUCCUAAAUAUAUACAUAUACAUGUAUAUAUAUAUAUGUAUACACAUGCGAUAGUCCCGCACUUGUUCCCUCUCUUGUUUUUUUUUUUUUAAGAAGAAGUUUCCUGGAAUGCGUUUACCCCCUCCCCCUCCCCUUGAAUUGAUCUGCCCUGCUCCUCGCUUUCCCCGCUAUCCGGGAAGUAUGCGAGAGGGGAGGUGAGGAGGAGGGGGAGGGGGACGCGAUGCCGAUCAUGUAUAGUUUUGAAUAUAUAUAGUGUGUGUGUGUGCGUGUGUGCGGUUCUUCUGUACCAAUGUAUAGGCGACAGUCUGUGUGGAGUGUGUGUUCUUGUCAGUAGCACGUCGAGGUGUCGCAUGGGCGCCGCAGCGCAACGGCAGCAGCACCAGCAUCAUCUCUUCCUCUUUCGCUAUAGCCCCUGCCUCUCCUAGAGCGUGUAUUAUGUGUUGCCUUUGAAUGGAUCCUAUCAGCUGGAAUCAAA